GCGCGCUUGGGCAGGAGAAGCGGCGGCGGCGGCGGCGUGUUGCUCCGGGCCAAGAUGGCGCGGGUCGGGCGGGCGCAGCUGACGCCGGCGCAGCAGCUGGAGCGGCGGCAGCACGAGGCCUACUUCCGGAGCAUGGCCGAGCAGGAGCACGCGCGGAAGGUGCAGCGCGUCCGCCAGCAGGAGGUGAUGUGGGAGGCCGAGGCGCGCGUCGAGCAGAAGCGCCUGGGCCGCCUGCUGAAGGAGGAGGAGCACGAGCGCCGCGCCGAGCAGGCCCUGCGGAGGGCAGAAGAGAACAAAGCGCUGCGAGAACUGGAGUUGCGGCAGGAGGAGAAGCUGGCCGCGGAGCUGGCGAGGCUCAACCACGACAAGCUUAAGGAUGAGAAAAUGAGGCAGCAAGUCCGAGAAAACAGUAUUGAACUUCGGGAGCUAGAGAGGAAGCUGAAAUCUGCUUACAUGAACAAAGAAAGGGCUGCUCAGAUCGCUGAAAGAGAAGCUCUCAAAUACGAAGACAUGAAAAGCGAUGCAGAGCUAGCCAAAGCAAUGAAGGACGAGUGGGAAAGGGCAGAUCUGGCCGAGAGCGCCGCUGAAACGAGGCGGAAUCAGGAGAGAGUGCUGUAUCAGCAAGAGCUGGAGAAGCAGUUGGAGGAGGGUGAGAGGCGAAAGCAGGCGGCCUACGAGGAGUUCCUGCGGGACAAGCUCCUGAUCGACGACAUCGUGAGGAAGAUCUAUGAGGAAGAUGAAAGAGAAAGGCAGGGAAGGCUGGAGAAGAAGAGGCUGACCCAGCGCUUCAUAGAAGAGUUUAAAAAAGACCAGGCUCUACGACGGAGGAGGCAGCAUGAAGAGAUGGAGGAGGAAAACCAGAAGAUCUUGGCCUUUGCCAACAUGUGGCAGCAAAGAGAAGACAAGCGGAUGGCUCAAGUCCAGGAAAAUGAGGAGCGGAAGCGGAAGCUCCAGCAAACGAUUGUGCAGCACCUGGAAAGAGAGCAGCGGGAGCACCAAGAGCUGGAGCAGGUCCGGGCAGAGCUCUCUCUGGAGGAGCAAGCAGCAGAGAACAGGAGGAAGGAGAGGGAAGAGAUGGAGAGGAAAAUUCGGCAGCGCUUAGAAUUGCGGCGGUCCUACGAAGAGCAGCUGGCCCUGCGGGAGGUGCUGCAGCAGGCGGUGAGGGAGGAGGAGGCCGCCUUCCGCCAAGCCAUGUUAGCCAAGUUUGCGGAGGACGACCGUAUCGAGCAGCUGAAUGCCCAGAAGCGGAGGAUGAAGCAGCUGGAGCACCAGAGGGCCGUGCAGAAGAUGAUGGAGGACAGGCGCAAGCAGUUCUUUGCAGACAAGGAGCGGGAACUUGAAGAAAGGCAGCUGGAAGAGAGAAGGGCGGGAGCUGUGAAGGCCAUUGUUGAGGAAGAGCGCCGCAAGCUGCUUCAAGAACACGCGGUUAAACUGUUGGGGUACCUUCCCAGGGGGGUUCUUAAAGACGAGCAAGAUGUCGACAUGCUCGGAGAAGAGUUUAGGCAAGUCUAUCAGAAGAGAAAAGGCGAUGGACUUACGGAAGAAAACGGAGUUGAAUCUACUUCACGAUAACCCCGACUCGCAGUGCUCGGCAGGCGGGAGCUGCUUAGGCAGCCCUUGUCUGAAUCCGCGUGUGUCUCUUUACCCUGUUUUGCCUCUGAGAGAGAUACAGUUUAUGCUCCCUUUGGAAA